AUGGUUGCCGAGGUGGGUGAUCCACCACGGGAGAUGUGGUCUUCAUGGGCUGAUUUCAUCAUGUCUUGUAUCGGAUAUGCGAUUGGAUUGGGAAAUGUUUGGAGAUUUCCAUAUUUGUGCUAUCAGAAUGGAGGAGGUGCUUUCCUGAUUCCAUGGGGUAUCUCAAUUAUCAUUUGCGGUAUGCCAUUGUUCAUCUUGGAGACAUCGUGGGGACAACUUUUAUCCGUCGGUGGAUUGGGAAUGUUCAAGAUUUGCCCGAUAUUUAAAGGCGUCGGCUUUGCAGCAGUUGUGAUGGCUUUCUGGUUGAAUAUCUACUACAUCGUGGUGUUGGCAUGGGCUUUAUGUUAUCUCGUUCAAUCAUUCCGACUUGAUGGAAAUGUGCCAUGGAGGAAUUGUGACAAUGAUUGGAAUACGGCAAACUGUCGAUCGGAGUAUGAUCGUUUACCAUGUGACAGCAACCAAACAAUCAAACAGCACUAUGAUUUAGAGAUUCUCACUUAUGAACACAUUCUCGAAUACAAGAAACGUUUCUUCGUCGGUGACAAAAAGAAUUGGAGAAUUUGCACGGAGAAAGAUCUCGCCGUCAUCUCGCCUGUCAAAGAAUAUUGGAACUACAAAGUCCUGGGAAUCUCUGAAGGUUUUGAGUAUCCAGGAGCUCUUCGAUGGGAUUUGGCUUUGUAUCUGUGCAUUGCUUGGAUCCUUUGCUAUCUCUGCAUCUUUAAAGGAGUCAAGUGGACUGGAAAGGUUGUCUACGUGACAGCCUCAUUCCCAUACGUGAUGCUAUGCUGUCUCCUCAUCCGCGGUCUUACCCUUGAAGGCGCCUCACUUGGUCUCAAAUUCUAUCUGAAACCCGAUUUCUCAAAGCUCUGGGAUGCAAAAGUGUGGAUUGACGCUGUCACUCAGGUUUUCUUCUCCUACGGUCUUGGUCUCGGUGCUUUGGUUGCACUUGGAAGUUACAAUAAAUAUCAUAAUAACGUUUAUAAACAAGCGCUAACGGUUUGUUUUGUCAAUUCUGCAACUUCAAUCUUUGCCGGUUUUGUCAUUUUCGCCUUCAUUGGUUUCAUGGCAACUCAGCAAGGGAAAUCUGUUGAAGAGGUAGCUCAAGCCGGUCCGGGUCUUCUCUUUCUGGCUUAUCCAUCAGGAAUCCUCCAGCUACCGGGCACUCAAAUCUGGUCAAUUCUAUUCUUCUCGAUGGUACUCUUUCUGGGAGUUGAUUCACAGUUUUGUACAAUGGAAGGUUUCUUCACGGCACUCAUCGACGAAUAUCCUUGUUUGGUUCGCGGGAAGAAAUAUGGAAGGGAAAUAUUCGUUGGAAUCAUAUGUCUCAUUUCGUAUCUCAUUGGACUCACAACUGUUACAAAUGGAGGUUUCUACGUUUUCCAAUUGUUCGACUUUUACGCGGCUUCUGGAUGGGCUUUACUGUGGUUAUUGUUCUUUGAAGUCGUGGCGAUCUCGUGGUGUGUUGGAAUUGGUCGCUGGUAUGAUCACAUGCGAUCUAUGAUCGGCUAUUAUCCGGCGAGUUGGUGGAAAUUCUGCUGGUGCUUUGCAACGCCAGCAGUUUGUGGGGCAAUGAUGUUCUUCGGUUUAUAUAACUAUAAACCUUUACGAAUCAAAGGUUAUAAUUAUGAUUAUCCAUUAUGGGGACACAUCUUUGGCUGGUUCUUGUCUCUUUCAUCGAUGCUGUGUAUUCCCAUUUAUGCGCUCUAUCUUUGGUGUGUCACUGAGGGAUCAACUUCAGAAAAGUUCAAAAAGCUCUUCCGACCGGAUAUCGAGAUUCCUUGUGCAAAAGGUUCUCCAGAUGAUGACGAGGAGGAAAUGGGAGAGAUGCAUCAUGUA